AUGAUGUUUUAUAAUAUUGGUUAUCUAAAAUCAUAUUUACUACUUUCAAAAAUGAUUUGCGAAGAAUAUAACGUAAAACAAGUUCAAGGUGUUUCAUCCAUAUUUAAUUUUUUGUUUAACGAAGAAUAUGGAUUAGUUUUAGAUAAUGAUGGUAUAUGGGAAUUUGUGUAUUUACAAGAUUCAUUAAAUCAUCAUAUUUUAGAAAAAUACACGAUAAACAGAGCAAUUUUAUAUGAUGACAUAAAAUCAUUUAUAGCAAUAACUCAAAGUCAAGGAUUCGACAAAGCACAAAGUCUUACACCUAACGUUAUUAAAUACCACAGAAGAGAUUGGCAUUAUAAUAGUUUAUAUCCUAUUUCAUUAAAUGUAUAUUCUUUACUUGAAUUAUGUUGUUAUCAUGGAGCUGUUGAUUGUUUCAAGUUUCUACGCACAGAAUUCAAAUCUGAAAUCACUCAAGUUUGUCUUGAAUUAUCAUUUUUAGGUGGAAAUCCAGAAAUCAUGAAUGAAUGCUUGAAAAAAAUACAGCCUAAUGAUCGGUGCAUGAAAAAUGCAAUCAUUUCUCACAAUAUCGAUUUUGUCACAUUUUUGAUGAAUGAAUACUCAAUAGAAAUCAAUUUAGAAGAUUGUGUUAAAUACAAAAAUCUUCAGGCCUUUUUUAUAUAUUUAGAAAAAACAAAAGAUAUUGGAAGCUGCUUUGCUAAUUCGCCUUUGUUCAAUGAUCUAGAUCUCUGUAAAUAUUUGCUUAAACAUAGAGCAAAAAUCAGUUCAAAAGAUAAAUACGGAGAAACGGUACUUCACUCUGCAGCAAGAAGUCGAAAUAUCGAGAUAAUGAAUUUUAUCGUAUUGAAGGGUUUUGAUGUUAACGCAACUAAUAAUCUUGGAGAAUCCGCUCUCCACAUAGCAUCAAAAAUUAACUGUAAAGAAAUUGCCGAAUUUCUAAUUUCAAAUGGUUCAAAGAUUAAUGCAAAAGAUAAUGAUAAUAAAAUGCCGCUUCAUCACGCUGCAACUUGUUAUAAUGCAAAUAAAGAUUUGGUAGAGUUUCUUAUCUUACAUGGUGCUGAUAUCAAUUCAAGAGAUAAUCAAUAUAGAUUACCUCUUCAUUAUGCAUCAAUUCAUCACUCACUUAAAAUAGUGGAACUUCUUAUUACACGCGGAGUUGAUAUAAUUGCACAAGAUUGCUAUAAUAAAUCUGCUAUGCAUUAUGCAAUUGAAAAUGAUAAUGAAGAAAUAGUGGAACUCUUGCUUCCAUAUGUAGCUGAUAUAACUUUGGCAAAUAAUGGGAAAAAAAGUAUUCUGCAAUUUGCAAUUGAAAGCAAUAAUGUAAAAAUUGUAGAAUUUUUUGCUACACAUGGUGUUGAUAUCAAAAUAAAAGAUAACAAAAAUAAAACUGUUCUUCAUCAUGCAGUUAUUAAUGAUCUAAAAGAAAUGGUUAAUUAUUUAAUAUCGCUCGGUGUUGAAGUCAAUGCAAAAGAUAAUGAUAAUAAAUCUGCACUUUAUUAUACAAUUGCAAACAGUAAUACGGAAAUAGUAGAUCUUUUAAUUUCAAAUGGUGCUGAUGUCAAUGCAAAAGAUAGUCAAAAUAAAACCAUUCUUCAUUAUGCUACUAGAAUUCAUAAUAAAGAAAUAAUAGAGCUUCUAAUUUCAAAUGGUGCUGAAAUUAAAUUCAUGGAUGAUGAAAAUAAAUCUUUUCUUCAUUAUGCAGUUGAAAACGAUAAUUGGGUAAUAAUAGAGCCUCUAAUUUCACAUGGUAUUGAUGUCAAUGCAAAAGAUAAUGACAAUAAAACGGCCAUUCAUUAUGCAAUUGAAAACGAUCAAGACCUUAUAGUUAGACUUUUAGUUUCAAAUGGUGCUGAUUUAAAUUCAAAAGAUAAUGAAAAUAAAACUAUUCUUCACUAUGCAAUUGAAAAAAUGAGAGAAGAAAUAGUAGAAUUUUUAAUUUCAAAUGGUGCUGAUGUCAAUGUAAAAGAUAAUGAAAAUAAAACCAUUCUUCAUUAUGCAGUUGAAUAUGAUGUUGGAGAAUUAGUAGAUUAUUUUGUUCAACUUGGUAUUGAUAUAAAUUCCAAAGAUAAAAAUGGUCAAACGGCUUUAUAUUUUGCAGUUGUUAAAGAAUUACCUGAAAUGGUAGAGCUUUUAGUAUUACUUGGUGCAGAUAUCGAUGCAAAAGAAAAUAAAUUUGGAAGCACGGCACUUCAUUAUGCAGUGAUUAAUGAAUUGGAUAUUAUGAUAAAUAACCUAAUUUUGAGUGGUGCAGAUGUGAAUGCAAAAGAUGAUAUUUUAGGGAAUACACCACUUCAUUAUGCGGUACUUAUUGAUAAUCCAUAUUUGGUAAAACAAUUAAUAGACCAAGUUCAGGUAGAUAUAAAUGCAAAAAAUAAAAAUGGUCAAACCCCCCUUCAUCUUGCAGUCUCUAAAAACAAGAAAUCGAUGGUAAACAUUUUGGCAUCUAAUGGUGCGGAUAUUAACUCAAAAGACAACGAAAAUAAAACUCCUCUUCAUUAUGCUGCCCAAUUAUAUAAUAAGAAAAUGAUUUACGAACUCCUGAAAUUUGAUGCAGAUGUUGAAGCAAAAGAUAUCAAUGGAAAUACUCCACUUCUUUAUUUGGAAAGAUUGAACCAUGAUACUAAGCAAUCAAAAGGCAGUUUUUUCAGUAAUUCGUUUUUUUAA